UGCUGCUUACUAAUUAUUUAUCAGACAGGUACAAUGAGGCAAGCUUGAUCUGUUUGUCUGAAUAUAGGAAACACUUGCCCAACCCAACAUAAUAAGUCAUUACAAGUUCUUAUUUAUGGUGGAGAACAUUCUUUGGGACUGCCUUGAAGAUACGUGCAGGCACUUUGGCUUGAAAUUACAAUGAAAUGUUGUUUGCGUCAGCCCUGUGUCCUGUCUUGUCUUGUGGUUUUCUGUCUCGUGCUCCCCUUGACUUUGUUUUACCUCUUGUAUGCCCAUAUUUGGUUUGGUUCCUGUUCCUGUAUUUAUUGUUUCAUUAUCAGUUAAUUAUGUCCCACCUGUGUUUGAUUAUUCCUCUCGUUUACGUUUAGUUUAUAAACCCUGUGUUUCCCUGAGUCUCGUGUCCGGUAUUAAUGUCGAUGUCUUGUUCCUGUGUGUCUCUUCCCUGCUGUGUGUUACCCUUUCUGGAUUUAAUUAAAGACGGGUAUUUUGAGUCUCCUCGCUUCCCUUGUGUGUGCUGAUUGUGACAGUUUGCUUUUCAUUUGCCAUUUAGUAAAAGGCUGUUAAUUGUCCUUUCUAGAUUAGUUAUCUCUGUGUGGGUGGUCCUGCCAGGUGGAGUCUUUCAGCACUCUACAUGCUCAGGACUUCAUGCAUGGAUACCUUUUCUUUCUUCCCUGCAUGUACAGACUACAGAGAGGUGUCAGGGUGUUCUGUGCUGAAAGCCAUUGGGAAUUAGAUGCUGCACUUCAGUGUCUUCAAACGGCUGCUAUCAGUGAACUUGUCAGACUGGAAAUUCAAAUACAAUCUCCGACCUACCAGCACAAUGGCACAUACAAAGACUGCAGAUGACAUGCAACAUACCCUUUCUCUCAGCUCCAAAAAACAACUACAGGAACAAUUAUACUCUGAGCAGCAAGAAGUUGUUGCCAUUAUACAGCCGCUGCUGGAGACGGAGGCUGGAUUCAUAAAGAAUCUGGAUCACUACCUCACUCACAGAGGCACAUUGGACCUGAGGAAACGUAAACUGCUCCAUAAGCGCUGGACACAGAGUGUGUGGCUGCCGGUACAGCAGAGCAUUGAGCAACAUUUUACACACCAUGGCUACACUGAGACACAGAAGAUGAGGAGCAUGCAUGCACACUACAUCAACUACUGUAAUGCUAAGGGUUUUGUGUUUCUAGAGAGUUAUGAUCCUCUGGAGUACAACCCCUUCCUGUACCAUUUCAACACACCACAUCAUCGUAAAAUUUCCACCCCAACAUUGGAGGAUCCCCUGUCUCUUCAGUCACGAGCCAGGAUUAAAGAAAAGACAGCAAUACUUCGCUGCCAAACAGGUCAUGUAUAUCGCCGUCAACAAGUGGAGGAACUUCUCCAGAGUCCACCUGUUUCCCAGCAGAGCCGUAAACAUUCACGUGCCAAAGCCACCCGAGAUACUGCCUCAGAGAGACUUUGGGAGAACCGCAGUCUGUUUAAAUCAAGGAGUAUGUGCACUCCACAUGCGGCUUUGGCAGAGGAACGGUGCUUCCUCCCUCAGUGCUGGUCCUGUUGUUGAUGACAGCGUUCAUUAGGGCCUUAUUGACAUGAGUUUGUAUAUACACAUGGGUCUUCCAUUACUCA